UGUGAGAUCAGGAAAUAAAGGAAGUCAGGUAAAGAGUCUGCACUUCUGGGAAGCCCGUCAUUACCAGCCGGUUGGUUUAUCUCUGGAUUCUCGUUCUAAUGGAUUCACCCAGCACAGCCGAAUGUGUAUACGCCCCCUCAGACAAUCAAAGGUCCUGGAUCUAUUAUGGGUUGGAUGUAGUGGAGGAGAAUGCAGAGGGGGUGAAAGUGAGCAAUGCUUCUGCACCUGCUCUCAAAGGCGAUCUCACCACAGUCUUCCUCCCUGUUGUUUACAUCAUCGUCUUCGUUGUGGGGUUGCCCACCAACGCCAUGGCCAUCUGGGUGUUCCUCUUUAGGACGAAGAAGAAGCAUCCAGCGUCCAUCCUAAUGGCCAAUCUAGCACUGUCUGACCUGCUCUUCAUCGUGUGGCUCCCACUGAAGAUCGCCUACCACUUCAACGGCAAUGACUGGACCUUCGGGGAGCCACUGUGUAAAGUCCUAGUGGGGUUUUUCUAUGGGAAUAUGUACUGCUCCACUAUCUUCAUAGCAUGCAUCAGUGUCCAGCGCUACUGGGCGAUUGUCCACCCACUUUCUCAGAAACUGAAUAACUGUGUAACAGUCUGUAUAUGUGUUUGUGUGUGGAUUGUAGUAUGGCUCAUCACUGUACCGCUCUACCUGUAUGACCAGACGGUUAAAGUCUCUAAUCUCUGUAUUACUGCCUGCCAUGACGUCACACGCCGCAAUCAAACACACUUCCCUGUUGGAUAUUUCCUGACCAUGGGCACUGUGGGAUAUGUAGUUCCCUGUGUGGUCUGUAUUGUGUCAUACCUGCUGACCUUUCUCUCCCUCAGAAGGUCCAUAACGGACAGCAGCAUCAACAAGAAGAAAAAGAAGGCUAUAAUCCUCAUGAUUACUGUGCUGGUGAUGUUCCUGGUCUGCUUCACUCCCAGUAACAUCACACUGAUGGUGCAUUACUCUCUACUGGCUGCAGGGCUUCAGAAUCAUGUCUAUGGUAUCUACAUCGUUGCUCUGUGUCUGGGCAGCCUGAACAGCUGCCUGGACCCGUUUGUGUAUUAUUUUAUCUCUGAGGAGUUCAGAGAUCACGUGAUGAACUCGCUGAUGUGUCGUAGUGAACGUACAACCAAACGGAUGAAGGUUUCUUUCAGUGCACUGAAAUUCUCAAAGAAGAACAACACUUACACGUCUGACUCCACCCACACCCAGAGCAGAAACUGCAGCUCUGACUCCAACCACACGUAGAGCUCUAACCAACUUGUACUACUCAAUCAUUUAUGACAAGCAACUUGCUAGCUGGCGAGCUAUGCUAUCUGCAGGAAAGAAAUGUCUGGGAAUCUUGAUAUCAGAAUUUCCAAUAAGCAAAGACCAUGUGUUAUUAUAAUUAUUGUAUAUAUGAUACAUCUACAUAAUGUUGAACUGAGUUGUUUUUGUUGUACAUGUAGUAUAUUUACAUUAUGAUGCACUGAGCUGUUGUUAUUUCUAUAUUACUCUGAACUGAACUGUGUCAGACUCUACUAAGAGACUGUGGCUAUGGCUGAAAUGGAUCCCUACACUCUCAUUAGUGUUGUGCUACGUAGGGAUGGAAGUGCUGAUAGAAUGCAAAAUGUAUUGCUAUUGGCAUCUUGAACUAGUCUUUAUUUGAAUUAUCAUUCAAUGAAUGACACAUUUCAAACUAAGAGUCUUUUAGUAAGUGUAAGUGUAAUGUUUGCAUGCUU